CCACAUAAGGAACGCCACGGCACAUAAUUAUUUAAACAUUUGAAAUGAGUGAAAGGAUUGUAAGCUUGUUGCUGGCCUCUUUAUUCAGUUGCUUUGCGGCUGAAUAAAAAGUGACAGAUUGACGUCAUUGAGACAGACGCAGAGCGAGCCCCAGCGAAAGAAGCAACCCAGCAGCGGCAGAGCAUCUUCUCUAGCUACAGAGUAGCCUACCUUGCAAACAACAUCCGUAUCCAAGAACCUCUGAGCAUCCCCGGAAAAUAACGAUAAACCAGUAAAAUAACAUGGCCACCUCCUCCUCCCCUAAUCUGGAAGAAGACGAGAGUCUGAAGGGCUGUGAAGUGUUCGUGCAGAAGCACAACAUCCAGCAGAUCCUCAAAGAGUGCAUUGUCAACCUGUGCAUCGCCAAGCCUGAGCGUCCUAUGAAAUUCCUGCGGGAGCACUUUGAAAAGCUGGAGAAGGAAGAGUCCCAGCAGAUCCUGGCCCGCCAGAAGUCCAACUCUCAGUCGGACAGCCAUGAUGACGAGGUGUCCCCCCCACUGCCCAACCCAGUGGUCAAGGCCCGCCGCCGCAGGGGAGGGGUCAGUGCUGAAGUCUACACUGAAGAGGACGCCGUCAGCUACGUCCGCAAGGUGAUUCCUAAAGACUACAAGACCAUGACUGCUCUGGCCAAGGCCAUCUCCAAGAACGUGCUGUUUGCUCACCUCGACGACAACGAAAGGAGCUCCGCAUUCAACACCAAAGUGCCCUCCAAACUCAUCACUAAGGACCCUGGGACGAAACAACUCUGCAACUGGAUCCUGGACUUCCUGACGGGCCGCCCCCUGCUGGUGAGGGUAGGCAACAGCACAUCCGCCAUCAACACAGGGGCCCUCAGGGGUGCGUGCUUAGUCCCACGACUGCGUGGGUGA